AUGAAACUCCAUAACUAUGGCAUUGACAGGCACUACAUAUUCCUACUUUGCAAUGGUAUACUAGUCUUUAUUGUCAAAAACUCUGGUUUGAUCAAUAAUUCUCCAUCUUGGGGGACGGAUCAUAACGAUGUGGGCAUCAAGAACAGGGACAGUCAAGGUCCAGCACCUGAAUUUUACAAAAUAAAACCACUGGCCGCAAGGGAAGCUGUUAUGGAAGUUCAGGAAGAGGAAGGGAGAGAAAAUGGACUAGUGAUCACAGAGGAAGAAGUUGAUGUGGAAGUUGAAGAAGAGGAAGAAAGACAAAUGGGCCAAGAAAACUGGUUUCUAGUUAUCAAAGAAGAGGAAGAGGAAGAGGAAGAAGAAACUGGGUUGCUGAGUGCAGAGGAAUUAAACAAGAAAUGUGAUGAUUUCAUAAAGAAGAUGAGGGAAGGAAUCAAAUUUGAAGCACAACAACUGGUUAUGUUCUAA